AUGUCCCUGAGAAGCGUUAUGUCGACCAGCUUCGAAGCGGAUGAGCGUGACGCAGCACAGGGGCGUGCCAAGGAGGGGGGUGUGCUCAGGGGGACUGUGAAGACGAGCCAGGGGGACUAUGAAGACGAGCCAGGGGGACUGCUACCAGGGGGACUGCUACCAGGGGGACUGCUACCAGGGGGACUGCUACCAGGGGGACUGCUACCAGGGGGACUGCUACCAGGGGGACUGCUACCAGGGGGACUGCUACCACAAGUGCGUGACGGCAGCAGGCCAGGCGAGGCGCGCGCAGGAAUGGUGUCCGGGCCGACAGAUGCAACAGUGGGCAACAGAGCAGCGACAGCAGAACAGGAAGCAGAGCGUGCGGAGGCAGAGGCAGCAGGAGAGCGGUGGGGUGGCGGCAGAGUUGAAUCAGCGAUGUAG